UUUGAAUCCAACCCCCCGCCCCUGAAGUUUUGACCCGAUAUAAGACAGGCUGACUGGACCUCUGCACCUUUGUGAAGACGUGUGAACUGGACGAUGAGGGCUGUUGUUGUUGGUUUGCUGCUGCUCGGUCUUUGUGGCUCAGGAGCUCAGGGGGAGGUCCAGCAGACGGAGACAAGAGAUGCAGGUGAGGAGACCACAAAGCAAACCACACCUGACAUCUGGGCGGAGGUGAGGGCUCUGAGGGACAUGGUGGUGGAGCUCAAGGUGGAGCUGAGGAACGUGGAGGCCACGGUGAAGGACAGCGAGAGCCAGGUGGUUGAACUGAAAGCUGAGCUGAUCGUCACCAAGAUGCAGGUGGAGCAGCUGCAGAGAGAGACUUCAGUCCAAGCUGCAGACCUGAUGUCGUUGGAAACUCGACUGACUGCCACCGAGAGCAAAACAAGUGACCUAGAAAAAGAGAAUGCAGUCCAAGCUGCAGACCUGAUGUCGUUGGAAACUCGACUGACUGCCACCGAGAGCAAAACAAGUGACCUAGAAAAAGAGAAUGCAGACUUGCAGACCAGACUGAGCAGCAGUGAGACUGAACUUCUCCUCAGCAAGUCCAGGAUCGAGCAGCUGGAGAGAGAAAAUGCAGUCCAAGCUGCAGACCUGAUGUCUUUGGAAACUCGACUGACUGCCACCGAGAGCAAAACAAGUGACCUAGAAAAAGAAAAUGCAGUCCAAGCUGCAGACCUGAUGUCGUUGGAAACUCGACUGACUGCCACCGAGAGCAAAACAAGUGACCUUGAAAAAGAGAAUGCAGACUUGCAGACCAGACUGAGCAGCAGUGAGUCCAGGAUCGAGCAGCUGGAGAGAGGAAAUGCAGAGAAACCGAAGGUGGCCUUUUACACAGCUCUGACUGAUGCAGGACACGUUGGACCAUUCAGCACAGACAUCACACUGAAAUACAGCAAAGUCUUCACCAACAUUGGAGAUGCUUACAAUCCUAAUACAGGUUUCUUCACAGCACCAGUCAGAGGCGUCUACUACCUCCAGUUCACUGCAUGUGGUUACCAAGCAGGUGCCAUGGGUGUAAUUGUGUUGAAGAACAACCAGAGGGUCAUGGGUAAUGGGCAGUGGAAGAAAGAUGCAGGUGCAGAAUUUGUCACUAACUCUGUUGUCUUGGAGCUGAUGGCAGGAGAUGAAAUCCACCUGGUUCUCCCAUCAAGUUAUUUUCUCUUUGACAACAGCGAUAACUACAGCACCUACAGUGGCGCCCUACUCUUCACACUGUGAGGAUGAUUUGUCACUAACAUUGUUGUCAUUGUUGGCUACACUGUGAUUUACUGCAUGUAUCUGCACCUGAUUUAUCUGUUGUGUCAUCACAUGAAAGCAACAUUCAAAUAAAUCACAGACUGUGAAAACAAUCGGAAAAUAA